CGCAAUUAAGGAUUCUCAUAAUUUUGGUGAAGAAUCAAACCCUAUGCGAAGAAGAAAUCCGGCUCUGAUACUUUCCUUUAAAAGGCUGCGCGGCGAUGGAGAUGGCGACGCGAAGAAGACGGAACCAUGAACGGGAAUUGAUUUCAUUGGGAAAGGCUUGGGCGAUUUCCAACUAUCAUGGGGCGUCUCGUGUGUAUUGCCGGCGCAUUUGCUUGGAAGAGGUGGUUCGGGCUCUCCGCGUGAUGCGUAGUGGGAGAGCUUUAGGACCAGAUGAGAUUCCAGUGGAGUUUUGGAAGCAUGCGGGUCGUGGUGCGUGGGUUUCGUUAACCAAACUAUUCAAUGUUAUCCUCCGGACAGCAAGGAUGCCUGAUGAGUGGAGGGAGAGUCUUUUGGUCCCUCUGUUUAAAGGCAAAGGUGACAUUCAGAGCUGCGAGAAUUACAGAGGCAUCAAACUGCUUAGCCACACCAUGAAGGUUUGGGAGCGAGUCAUUGAGUAUAGGGUGCGGAAAGGGGUUUGCAUCUCGGAGAACCAGUUUGGUUUUAUGCCUGGCAGAUCGACUACAGAGGCCAUUCAUCUCGUGAGGAGGUUAAUGGAAGAGUAUAGGACUAAGAAGAAGGACCUUCAUAUGGUGUUUAUUGAUCUUGAGAAGGCAUAUGAUAGGGUGCCAUGGGAGGUCUUAUGGAGGUGCCUUGAGGCGAGAGGAGUUCCCAUCGUGUACACUCGCGCGAUCAAGGAUAUGUACGAUGGGGCUAUGACUAAGGUAAGGACUUCUGGGGGCGUCUCAGAUUCUUUCUCGGUAGGGAUGGGGCUGCACCAGGGGUCUACCCUUAGCCCUUUUUUAUUCUCCUUGGUGAUGGACGUCCUAACUCAAGGUGUUCAAGACGGGGUCCCAUGGUGCAUGCUUUUCGCGGAUGAUAUUGUGCUUAUCGACGACACGCGUGAGGGACUAAACGAUAAGUUGGAAUUAUGGCGCCUUGCCCUUGAGACUAAAGGAUUCAGAAUAAGUAGGAAUAAGACUGAAUACAUGGAAUGUCGUUUCAGCGGCCGGGAUACAGAAUCAGAGGUGGAAGUCCGGAUUGACUCUCACCUAGUACCUAAGGUAGAUAGGUUUCGAUAUCUUGGCUCGGUAAUUCAGGCAGAUGGGGAGUUAGAUGCGGAUGUUGGACAUGGGGUUGGAGUGGCUUGGGCCAAAUGGCGGUUAGCUUCAGGGGUGUUGUGUGAUCCGAAGAUUUCGCCUAGAAUGAAAGGCAAGUUCUAUCGAUCUGUAGUCAGACCUGCUAUGUUAUAUGGGGCAGAGUGUUGGGCGGUUAAGAAGACUCAUGUGCGUCGUCUGCAUGCGGCGGAGAUGCGAAUGUUACGAUGGAUGUGUGGGAAGACAAGGUUGGAUAGGAUUUCGAACAAAGUUAUCCGACGUCAGGUAGGUAUGGCACCGGUGGAAGACAAGUUGCGAGAAGCGAGAUUGAGAUGGUUUGGCCAUGUGAGACGACAGGAUGUUGACGCCCCUGUACGGAGAUGCGAGAGGAUUACGGUUAUCGGGGGAAGUAGGGGAAGGGGUAGACCUAAGAAGAAUUGGGAGGAGGUGAUUAGGCAGGAUUUAGGACUUCUCGACCUGACUGAGGAUAUGGCCCUAGAUAGGAACCUUUGGAGAACCAUGAUUAGAGUAGCUGGAUAUGAGCUAGGUGUUGUAGUGUGUUGUAUUUGUUUGGAAUCUUCUGCUAUUGUUUGUACUUGUUGCGUGUACUUGUGGCCUUAUCUGGGCUGAACGGGAGGCAACCCGUUAUUUCUACCUUAUUUAGUUAUUAUUUUCUGUUGUUCCUUUCUUUUGAAUAAAUGAAUGGAGACUUGUCGCACCUACGUGGGGGCAAGAUUUUAUAUGUGUGUUUCAUGUGCAGAUGCCUCACAGACCAGCAUACCCGACUGCUACGCGUGCCGAUGUUCACCUGGUGGGUUCUGGACCCAUCCAGCGCUUUGAGAUGUGGGG